CCGGCGAUUUCAAUUAAGGUCAGCUGGCAACGCAACGCCGUCGUGCUCGUCUGCUCGCCGAAUCGAAUCAUAGAAUCAUCAAAUACGCGGUUUUCGAUCAAUUACAGUACAAUCAAGUCGAACUCGUUGGCUGUCGUUUGAUCGCCUUUCGAUGGUCUUUACAAUGUUCGUCAUAAUAACUAUAUACGAAGAUUUUGUAAAUUAAUGUGGGCGGCUCCAGUAGCCACUUAUUAUUAAAUCUUUCGGAUAAGUUUUCAGUUGGCAACGAAAGACAUGGAUCCCACAGAGAAACAACUACACGAAGAAUUUCUGGAAAACAAAUUGGGGACAGCACCAGACGAAGUCAUUAUGUUGACGCUUAUUCCCCUAUUUACCACACAGUUUUACGUGGUUUUGCUCAAGAUUUUCUCUCUUCGUAUCCUCAGACAAGACUUCUGGUUACAAGUCAUCGUAGAUACCAUCCUGCUAUCAGCCCCCACCAUUCUUGCUGUGACUAUCCUUGCAAACCAUGUUGCUUGCAUAUUUUUCACACUCCUCAGUGGAAGUACCUUGCUUUGGAUGACUCAGCAUAUUUCAUCACAAAAAUGGAAAAGGGAUAAGAAAUGUAGCUCCCUAAGGAAUGUCACAGUACCGGCUCCUUCCCAAAUUCCGUUCAUGUCAGUCGCAAGGUCACAGGUGCUCUUUAUGACAAGCAUGUGUAUCCUGGCUGUGGAUUUUCCGUUGUUCCCAAGACGUUUUGCCAAGACCAAGUUUUCUGGCUUCAGCCUUAUGGACGUUGGUGUAGCAUUUUUUGUCAUGUUAGCAGCGCUUGUGUCGCCUGAGGCAAAACAAAAGCAUCUGCAUGGCAGCUUUGGCCACGUGAAGCAAGCGGCGAAAAGCUGCGCGAUACUCAUAGUUAUCGGACUUAUACGUAUCCUGACGGUGAAAGGAAUCGACUAUCAGAGCCCUGUACUUGAAUAUGGGGUCCACUGGAAUUUCUUUUUCACUUUUGCAUGCGUAAAGAUAAUAUCAGCACUCCUGUAUGUCUUGUUUCCAGCCACUUGGGAUGCAGCGAUCUCCGUUGCGCUUUUCGCAGUAUAUGAACUGACCUUACGAUUUACAAGUCUGAACACCUUCCUCCACAAUAAUGAUCGGACAGGACUUAUUGCCGCCAACAAGGAAGGACUUUCGUCGCUUAUUGGUUACAUUGCUCUCUACCUGGGAACUGUGGUUCUUGGCAAGCAGAUGGUCUAUAAACCACGAUAUCAGAUUCGUGAGUGGGUGAAGUCGUCCCUCACGUGCAUGUUACUGUCGGCUGUUGGGUUUUUGUUCACGUAUGCCAUGCACACAGAGAUAUCUCCAGUUUCACGAAGGUUGGCUAAUGCGUCCUAUUGCUCGUGGACGUUUUCCAUUGGAACUCUGAUACUGGGCUUACACAUUGCCUUUGAGGUACUUCGAGUGCUGUUGGAAAAUCCAGCACAUGUGACUGUGAACACCUUGGAAAUACGAAAUAAAGAAGACAUUCCCAACCCAUUACUGAUAUGGGAUGCCAUGAACUUCAAUGCAAUGGGGUUGUUCCUGCUAAGCAACCUUCUGACAGGACUUUUUAAUGUUGUGCUGCAGACAAGAACAGCGGGUUCUGUCACUUGUCUGCUCAUCUUAUUUUUGUAUUUGUUCAUUCUAGUCAUAUUUUCACUGUACGUGUACAGGAAAAAAAUAAAAGUAAAGUUUCUGUGAA